UCCUUAAAUUCAAUGCAUAACGCUAAUUCUAUUUACCCUUUGAGCUUGAGCAAACUCACACAAAUCAAGUGAUGAACAAUGGCUUCAGAUCAGACAUCUCAAGGUGCUCAAGCAGCACAGAGUCCAGCCACAAUUCUAGCCAUUGGCACUGCAAAUCCAGCUAAUUUUAUCUACCAGGCUGACUUCCCAGAUUAUUAUUUCCGAGUCACCAGGAGCGAGCACAUGACUGACUUGAAGGGCAAGUUCAAGCGCUUAUGUGAGAAAUCAGAAGUAAGGAAACGUCACUUCCACCUCACUGAAGAAAUCCUCAACAAGAACCCAACCAUGUGUUCCUAUGAUGAUCCCUCUCUCGAUGUGCGCCAAGACGUGCUAGUGACAGAGGUACCCAAACUUGGAAUGGAAGCAGCACAAAAAGCUAUUGAAGAGUGGGGGCAACCUAAAUCCAACAUCACACACCUCAUAUUCUCUGCACUUGCUGGCAUAGAUAUGCCAGGAGCAGAUUAUCAACUUACCAGGCUCCUUGGACUCGAACCAUCCAUCAAGAGAAUCAUGCUGUAUCACCAGGGCUGUAAUAUUGGUGCAGCCACCCUUCGCAUUGCCAAGGAUUUUGCAGAAAACAAUGCUGGUGCUCGUGUUCUUGUUGUGUCCUCGGAUCUCACUGUGGGUACUUUCCGGGGGCCUUCUAAUGACAACAUAUCUUGCCUGGUAGGCCAAGCAAUUACUGGUGAAGGUGCAGCUGCUUUGAUCAUUGGUGCUGAUCCUGAUAUGUCAGUUGAACGACCAUUGUUCCAGAUUCUGUCUGCAUCACAGACAAUCAUUCCUGAUUCAAAUGGUGGAAUCAAAGGACACCUGCGUGAAGUGGGUCUAACCGUUCACUUUUCAAGGAAUGUGCCCGAGUUGAUCUCUCGAAAUAUUGGAAAGUGCUUGGUAGAAGCAUUUGGUCCAAUUGGUGUCAGUGACUGGAACUCACUGUUUUGGAUUGUACAACCGAGUGGUGCAGCAAUUCUCAAUUUGAUUGAAGCGGAAGUUGGUCUGGAACAAGAAAAAUUGUCAGCAACUAGACAUGUGCUAAGAGAGUUUGGAAAUAUGGGUGGCCCAACUGUGCUCUUCAUUCUAGAUGAGAUCAGGAGAAGGUCGUUAGAGAAAAGAAAGACCACGACCGGAGAGGGGAUGGAGUGGGGUGUGCUGAUUGGAUUAGGGGCAGGCAUCACCGUGGACACAGUUGUACUGCACAGCGUUCCUAUAGCAGAAGGCCGCUGAGUCCUGUCUAAUGCUUUGUGCUCGUAAUGGUGUCGCUUAAUAAUUAAAAAUAAGUCACAGAUGCUUGAUUGUGUAAAUUAAGUGAGAAAACCUUGUUUAUCGCCAUUUCAGUGGGUUUUGA